AAAAGAAAUGGACAAAGAGUGGCCAAGUGAUCGGGUGAACUACGGUGGCCUAUUUCAUCAACACAAUGUUAAUUAUUCAAAGGAAACCCAUGAAAUGAUAAAAACUUUAAUGAAUGAGGCUAGGCUGACAAUGAUGCAGCGCAGUAAGAUCAAUUACUUCCUUCGUCAGGGAUCCGCCCUUCCCCAACCUGAAAUGCCAACGCGUAAAUUGCCAUCGGAAGAGUACGAAAUGCGAAGAGCUCGCGAGAUAAUGGAUCGCUCGAGAGUUGUGAGAAAGCGUUCGCUUGACACUAUUAAGAAGUCGGGGGUGUUAGAAAUUGAAAGGUACGUUCCCAAAGUGACAUCACGCAACAAUGAAAAAGCCAAGCAACAGCUGCAAGAAAGAAUGUCGGGCCUUAAAGAAUAUCCCGAACUAGAUAAACUUACACUCAACACAAAAGACAAACAUCGUAAAAAUGGCAACAAAAUUCAUUCUAACGAUCGGAUUGCAGAACUUCUGAAUGAAAUUUACGAGCGAAUCGAGUGGCUAAGAGAAAUGAAUGAACUUGGCGAAGGUAAAAAACAUCGGCAGGUCAUCGACGCACAAGUUCGAAUGAGAUUACGUGAAAUCAAAAUAAUCGAAGAGAAGCUGGAGAAGGAGAAGCGUGAUGGUUUGCAAGAUCGGCAUGAUUAA